UCUUAUACGUGGCUGUUGCUUUUAUAGAAGUAAGGAACACCACUAGCUGAGAGCAAGCAAGCAAGCAGGUUUGUGUGCACUUCCUAUUAACAGAUUGCUGGCUUGGGAGCAUCUGGCUGUGGAUUUAGUCGGAGAAAGAGGCUGCUGCUGUUCACGCGCUUCCGAACUGCUCCCAAAGAGAGGUUCUUGUUCCUCAGUUAAACAUAGACCUUUAGAGAAGCUAAACAUUAAGAAAGGGCUAAGUCAACAAGAUCUGGAUGUACAAGAACAAAAAUAUUAAUAUCUCCUACAUCUGACAAACAAGAAGACUCGUCUGACCGGAAAACUGAAGACUUCAAUAGCAAAUCUUCCAGAUUCAAAAUGAAUACAGAUAGUGGUGGGUGCGCUCGCAAACGUGCUGCCAUGUCUGUCAAAUUAACAGCCGUGAAGAGAGUUCAGAGUUCUCCGAACCUAUUGACUGCAGGACUUGAUUCCCAGUCACCAGAUUCAGCUUGGAGAUCAUUUAACAAUGGGAGUAGAGAGACACUGAAUGGAGACACUAGCAGCUCCUCUCUUGCAGCCAAAGGCUUUCGAAGUGUCCGGCCAAAUCUACAAGAAAAGAAAUCACCAACUCAGGCACCCCCACUACCUCCUAGGAAAGAAAGUUUUGGUAGAUCUGGAAUAACUAAUCACAAGAAGAGUGAAAGUAACUCCUGGUCCAUAACAACCAAACAACCUAAGAAAUCUCCUCCUGAUGCUGACUACUGUACUAACAAGGAGCUUCUUCGGAAGACAGUGUAUUCUAAAAAAUCUAACACAAGUGUAUCUUACACACACAAAAUUACUAAGCCGCUGGCCUUGGUUUCUAGCACAAAAACAAUAGCUGGCAUUAGAACUACUGUUCGUCAAGGCCACAAGCAACAGUCUCAAAAGCGUAGAGUUUCUGCCCUGAAAUUAACUCGGGCACGAAAUGCAUCUAGCAGUGUUCCUUGUCGUACACAGCAACAGCCUGUGCCUGUUGAAGCAUCAGCAACUCCACAGAGGCCUGCUUCACCUGCCUGUAACCCUGUGCCUGAGAUACACAAAGCAUCUCUCUCCAUUCAGAUAGCUCCCAUCCCUGGUAAUAGAGCAGCACCUGAAAGCCAACAACAUCCACUUAGGCUUUCUCCAGACACUUCCAAGAUGCCUCCAAACAAUAUGCAACCAAUGUCUACAGUUCCUUCUGCACAGUCCGCAGAAUGCAAUGUGCUUGGAAACCAGAAAGUAACUGCCAGUGUGAUGGAGGUAAAUGCUUCACAGACACACAGACAAACUGCAGCCGAAGCUUCGCCACUGCCUCCUCCUUCACCUCCUCCUUCCAUGGUGCCGAUUAACAGACCCUCUCUCUCACCUGACAGUGGCACCCACGUAACAUCAUUUAUUUUGCCAACAUGUGAUGAUUUUUGGCCUUCACGCUUUUAUAGAACCCUGGCCCUUUCACGGUUUUCAUAUACAUACCCUUUCCUAGCUCCUGACAGUACAAUCCACAGGACUGAAACUGCCUCUGUCAUGACAGACUCAGCCAUGAGUGAGUACUCCUCUCGCCCGGUGAGCGAGUCCUCCACUGCCAUUCUAGAUGAGCUACAGAGCUGUAACUAUGAUACUACUGACCGUUCUGAAACACCUUCCCCAACCUUGAGCCAGAUGUCUGCCGUGUCAGAUGGCACCACCUUAACCUCCACUGCUGCCGGCUCUCAUGCUUUGAUAACAGUGAACGGUAACUCUAGUUCGGCGACCAGCCCAAUGAGUCACUUUCAAAGGCCUUUCUCCCCUUCUUCAGUCUACUCCCUGCCAGUCUCACUCAAUUCUAGCACGGUUCUGCUGCAGCAGAGCAGGACAACAGAAUCCACAGAGACGUACUCGCAGCGUGCUCAUUCUGUUGGCGGCAGCAGCACCACCAGCACCAUACCGCUCUGUAGAACUUCCGAGGAAGAGAAGAAAGUCACAGUCAUUAAAGCACCACAUUAUGCAGGCAUUGGCCCAGUAGAUGAAUCAGGAAUCCCAACUGCAAUUAGAACGACAGUGGACAGGCCAAAGGAUUGGUAUAAGACGAUGUUCAAGCAAAUCCACAUGGUUCACAAGCCUGAUGAUGACACAGACAUGUAUAAUACUGCAUAUGCAUAUAAUACUGCUCAUCCUGCUGCAAGGACACAGACAUACAGACCACUGACAAAAAGUACUUCCGACAACGGCACAGAGGCCUUUAAGGUCUCAUCCCCUGUACCUCCACCACCUCCAGUGCCACCAAUUCGUCCACGACAAAGAUCCGCUCAAGAAAAAAAUGAGUGGGAGCCUCCUGAUAGAAAAGUAGACACUCGUAAAUUCCGUUCAGAACCAAGGAGUAUUUUUGAAUAUGAGCCAGGGAAGUCCUCUAUCCUUGAACAUGAGAGACCGACUGAUCGCAUAAACCCAGAUGACAUAGAUUUAGAAAAUGAACCCUGGUAUAAAUUCUUUUCAGAGCUGGAGUUUGGACGCCCGCCUCCUAAAAAGCUUUUGGAUUAUGUUCAAGACAAUCCUCCAGGUCUUUCCAAUGAGACCUCCUUAUAUUACAGUCCAACAGACAGAGGCUUGGACAGACCUUCUAGUUCUGCAAGUACUGCAAGUGACUACAGGAAAAGGAGGAAGUCUGAGCCUGCAGUAAUUCAACAGAAGGCACACGGUGAUCAAAAUGCAAAUCGGACCAGCCUGGGUCGUACAGAUACGCAGAGCACAUAUUCUACACUUAGGAAGCCUGUUACAAGCUCUUCUCCAUCUUCUCCAUCAAGAGCAAAAGUAGACCAGGAGUCUCCUGGGAACUAUUCUUCUGCUUUCACUGAUGUGGGUCGAUGUGCUCCAAAGGAAAGAAGAGGAACUCCAGAGAGAGAGAGACUGCCAGCUAGAGCAGUAUAUGAUUUUAAGGCUCAAACUGCUAAGGAGCUGUCUUUUAAGAAAGGAGAUACUGUCUAUAUCCUCAGGAAAGUGGAUCAAAACUGGUACGAGGGUGAGCACUACGGAAGAGUCGGGAUUUUCCCCAUUUCUUAUGUUGAGAAACUGACUCCCCCAGAAAAAGCCCAGCCAGCAAGGCCGCCACCCCCAGCGCACGUUGCAGAGAUUGGAGAAGCUGUUGCCAAAUAUAAUUUCAAUGCAGAUACAAACGUGGAACUGUCACUGCGAAAGGGAGACAGAAUAAUUCUCCUUAGACGGGUUGAUCAAAAUUGGUAUGAAGGCAAACUGCCAGGAACCAACAGACAAGGAAUCUUCCCUGUGUCCUAUGUAGAAAUUAUCAAAAAGAAUGCAGCCAAAGGUGCUGAUGAUCAUCCUGUUCCUCCAAUACCCCAGAGUUACUCCAGUGACAGAAUACACAGUUUAAGUUCAACUAAGUUGGAUUCCAAAGCAUCAUCCCUUCCUCUCAGGUAUCGACCCUCUUCUUGUCCAGAUUCUAAUAAAGGGAAUCUCCUGGCUGUCACCGAUGAAUGGUUGUCACUGACUCUUGGCUUUUCAUCUCCAAGCACACCUUCCCCUUCUCCUCCACCUUUUCCUAAAAGCUUUCUUUCUGAUAUAGAGGAACUCAGCUCUCUAGCUUUAAUAGGUUCGCAGAGUGCCCCGGAGCCCUCAGAUAAUAUCACUCCUCAAGUAAAGCAUGGCCAUUUUGUUCCAAUUGCCUCACCAAAGGCUUCCCACUCCUUCCCUGACUCUUCAACUUCACCUCUGCCAUUCUCUUCAUCUACCUGUAAAUCACCUCCUCCAGCGACCCGGUUUCAUGCCACAGAGCAUAAGCCUGAGCGUAGCAAUUUCAAAGAGAUGAGAGGAACCCCCACUGUCAAGGAAAGGAAAAUCUUCCCAGACUCAACUCCGGAGGUGCAAGGAAUAGCAGGUGCUGCUCUUGCCCUGGGCAAAGAAGAGCCGUCAUUCAGAGUGCUGACGGAGGCUGACAAGCAGGAAGAAGAGAUCUGUGAAGAGCUGCUGUCAAUAAUCCAAGGGGGCCAGUCAAAAUGUAAAGAUUCAGGUUUCUACAGACGUGCCCCCGACGUAACAGAACAACUGGCGAGGCUUCACAUAGAAGAAGAGCCAGGCCUUGACUAUGUAGAGUCGCCAAUAACAAUUAAGAAAGAGCCUAUGAUAUCUUGUGAAGGGGACAGUGCACCAGAUACUAAAAAAGAGCCAGCUUCACUUCCCCAUGGGAUGCAAGGGCCUUCCACUUCUCCUUCCUGCCUUGCUCCUAGUCCUCCAUUUCACUCAACCAAAGCAUCUCUCUCUGAAUGUGUUUCAACGUCUUCCAAGUCUGCCGCUACCCACUCACCCCCUCUCCUUUCCAAACUGUCGUACAGACAGGAGAAAAAUUCACCCAAGUUAAAGGCUGAUUUUAAAAGGGAAAUAUUUGUCAUCGGCAAACCCCCACGUAGCCCUGUUAUGACGAGGAGAUCUUGCGGUUCACCUGUCAGAGGGCACAGCUGUUCACAUAGGCCACAGCGCCCUGUGUUUGCUCAUGAAAAUAUACACAGUGGGGGGGAACCGUUUCAGGUUCUGUAUAACUAUACUCCUAGGAACGAAGAUGAAUUGGAGCUCAGAGAGGGAGAUGUCAUUGAUGUGAUGGAAAAAUGUGAUGAUGGAUGGUUUGUGGGAACCUCCAGAAGAACAAAAUUCUUUGGUACUUUCCCUGGAAACUAUGUCAAGAAGCUGUGAAAUGUUAUUUGUUUGGGUUUUUCCCCCCUACUUAUUUAUGCUGCAUCUCUGCAACACAUCUGCAUAUAAAGCUGCUAGAAAACAUGCUCCACCAGCCUUCUGUUUUCCUGCUUUGCAAUUCCAGGUAGAAGUCAUCUAGUUCAUCUUCACCAUUCCCAUCUUCAUCCGCCAGCCAGCAGUAUUAUCGUAAUGGCUAUGAUGGGAACACUGAGCUUUUAUGAAACAAGAGGAAUUAGUCCAACAUUUAGUACAUAUUUUUCAUGCAUUAAAUAUUUCCCUGCUCCUUCCAAUUUGAAACACGCAAAUAAGAAAAAGCUUCAUGGAAGGUACAUCGUGUCAUUUUGAGGAGUUACCAAUAUUAUUUGGGUGAAUUUGCAGUACUGUCCUUAAGGGAAAAAAUGUUUAUUAUCUGCUUUCACAUCAUAUAUAGAGCAGGUUGUGGUUUACUACUUUUAAAACUGUUUGUUUUAAGUUUUCACGUUCUUUUUAAGCUCAGCGGCAUACGUUGCUUUUGCUAUGUCACAGGUUUGCCUGUUUUUACCCGUUUGCAAUAUAAAAUAAUUAAUAAAAUAUAUAGUUCCCUUGUAUGUUGCAACAUAUUGAGAGUGGUUGUAAACAAUUUCUAGAAGAAAUCAUUCAAAAGGGGAAUUGUUAUUACAAGAACACUUGAUAAGGUAUGAUUUCCAGUUGGACAUCAAACAUUUCAUACGACUUGAGUCAAUGGGAGUCACAAAUAGGUUAAAUCUCCUUUUUCCCCAAACGAGGGCAGCUUCUCACAUGAAUGAUACCUGCAAAUACAGGAAGCACAAUUUGCACUUCCCGUAUCUGCACAUAUUAGAGCAUACUAUGCUUGUUUCGACAGAAAAAAGACCUACUACUCCCAGCGUUCCCCUGGCACCGGCUAGGAAAUGCUGGGAACAGUAAGCCUUUUUCCUUUCUAAACAUGAAUAGGAUUCUUCCCUUCACGUCUGAAGUAGAGAGGCAUGCAUCGCUUUGUGAGAAGAGGUAGAUGCUCCCCAAGCAGUGAGGUCUUUCCAUAAGGAAAAUGUGCAAGUCUCCUCAUCAGAUGUGAAUAAUAUGUGCAUCUGCAGGAAACAUGAGCAGGUUCCACUUCCUCUCUUCACAUAGAUUGGUGUCCUAAGUGGAGAGAGAUCCGUGCAUCUCUCUGCAGGGGGAAGGGGGUGCUCCCCAUGCAAUUACAGCAUACGUUUCUCUCUACAGGGAAAAUGUGCAAGUUCUCACUCCCGACAUCAAUGAUGUGGGUAAUUACCGGAAGCCUAUGUCCUGUAUUUGUACACAUUUUUAAUAUCUGAAGCUUAUCCAAGGAAAACAUGUUUUGUUGCUUAACAUUAAGGAAAUGCAGAAAGCGACAAUACUGGGAAAUCCUGAGCACUUAUGAAGCAAGCCAACAAGGAAACAAUUCUCUGCUAUAUUCAAAAAUACGCUGGGAGUGCAACAGAGCAUCUGAAAGUCCAGUUUUCAACAUUCGUUUAUCAUAUGACGUUUUGUCAACAAAAAGCAAUGUUAGUACACAGUUUUAUUGCAGCAUAGUCACAUGGGUUGGGAAGGGGUCAUCCACAGUAUCACUUAAUGCUAUUACUUUGCUACAUAUGUAUCCACAUAAAUUAACAGCCCUGAACUUCAUUUUCUUUCUAGCAAUAUAGUAUUAAAACAAAGAAACAAAAAAGGCACAAACAUGAAAACUGGUACAUGUGGGUGGAUUUUCAUGGUUGGGAUAGUAUGAAAUACACAAUUAUUUGUUUUCUGUAUGCAAAAGUAAGCAUAAAUAGUGUAUGAUGGAAAACACGGGACUUACCAUGUCUAUGGCUUUAUGCAAAGCAGUCCAGGUUUGGUUUUGCUCGCACCUUAUACAAGGCAAAAAACAAACAAACCCAGCCCAUAAACUUUUUACUGCAUUUCUCUUGUGGUAAAAGACAGAUCUCACAAAUUUGUAGUCUUGUAGCAUUUUGUACAUAUGUUUGCUUUUUUUUGUACAGAGCCAUUUUAUUGUUGAUUUUUUGAAGAAGAAGAAGAAGAAAAAUCAAGUUGUUUAUUUGAUCUUCAACCUACCCCCUUCUACGAAUAAAACAUCUCGCUUUCUUUACGUGCCCCUGCCCUCCAGUGUUUAAGCACAUUCGGAUAGUGCAAUUCUGUAAAAUAGCAUUUGAUGCAAACGUUUUAUGAAUUAUAAUAUGGUUUUACCAGCCAAAUCUUG